GACCAAGAGCAGUGCGAGCGUCAAUGCUAAAACAUGUUCGCCUGUUGAUUUGUGAUAGUUUGAGGUGACAUUUUUAAAAUAAUUUGGACACCGGAUCCCUUUUCCAUCAUGAAAGAUCCAUGCAUUGCCGUAGGAAUAUGGGCAAUAUGGGCAACAGGUGAUGGGAGCACACUUCCCUGUCCGUCAAUGCUAGUCAACCUGCAUUUUCUCUAAUACCUUCCUUGCCCGGUAAAUACGUUCCCAGCACUGAUUGGUUCUGCGGUCCUUUUAGUAGUAAUUACAUUGCUACGAUGUAUAUAUACAUAUAUGGCCAAAGACCAAGAGCAGUGCUAGGGUCAAUGCUAAAACAUGUUUGUGUGCUGAUUUGUGAUAGUAUGAGGUGACAUUUUAAAAAUAAUUUGGACACCAGCUCCUUUUUCCAUCAUGAAAAAUCCAUGCAUUGCAGUAGGAAUAUGGGCAAUAUGGGCAACAGGUGAUGCGAGCACACUUCCCUGUCGGUCAAUGCUCGUCAACCUGCAUUUUCUCUAAUACCUUCCUUGCCCGGUAAAUACGUUCCACCACUGAUUGGUUCUGCGGUCCUUUUAGUAGUAUUCAAGGAGUUUGUAAAAUUUGUUGCAUGCGUUCAAUAUUUUAUCAAAAAUUCGAUGGCUUUGGCUCUCUUCUUUCUUCUCCUCCUUUUUAGAUCUAUCCCAUUUACAUCAUCAACCAUUUCUAGCUUGAGCAAAGGCAGAUCUUUGUCUGUGGAAAAUGCUAACCACAUUUUGAUCUCACCAAAUGGUGUAUUUUCCGCUGGGUUUUGCCCCGUUGGGGAAAAUGCUUAUUGCUUCGCCAUAUGGUUCAACAUGCCAUCCUAUGACGGUAGUCUCAGUGUAGUUUGGAUGGCAAAUCGAGACCAACCUGUCAAUGGAAGGCGUUCAAAACUUUCCCUGUUGAAAAACGGUACCUUAAUCUUGACUGACGCUUCUCAACUUCCUGUUUGGGCUACGUCCACAACCUCAACCUCUCUCCGUUUGCAACUGCAGAACUCUGGCAACCUCGUGCUUCACAACUUUGAAGGUCGUGGCGUACACAUCUGGCAAAGUUUCGAUUCACCGACAGAUACUCUGCUUCCUGGGCAACCACUCACCAGAUACGUGAAGCUUGUCUCCUCAAGGAGCAAAACCAACAUUUCGUCUGGCUAUUAUAAGCUCUUUUUUGAUGAUGACAAUGUACUUCGCCUUAUUUUCGAUGGCCCUGAGACAUCAAGUAUUUACUGGCCGGACCCUGAGCUAUUAAGCAAUGAGGCCGGAAGGUCAAGGUACAAUGAUACAAGAACUGCAGUUUUUGAUUCGAGAGGUUAUUUUAGAUCAACAGAUCGUGUGGAGUUUACAUCAACUGAUUUCGGACAAGGCCCCAAAAGAAGGUUAACCCUUGAUUUUGAUGGUAAUCUUAGACUAUAUAGUUUUGAUGAAAGAAAGAAGAGUUGGUCAAUAUCGUGGCAAGCUAUGUCAAAACCUUGCAGGGUUCACAAUGCGUGUGGACCUAACGCUAUAUGCACCUAUCACCCUGCUUCUGGUCGAAAAUGUUCCUGUCCGCCUGGGUAUGAGAUGAAAAUUAGUAGCGAUUGGAGUUUUGGAUGCAAACCUGAAUUCAAUAUCCAACACAAAAAUGGUAAUGUUAUGUUCGUUAGACUUUCUCAUUCUGAUUUUUAUGGCUACAAUAUCGAAAUCAUUCGCAACUCUACUUUUGAGGACUGCACGAAGAAAUGUUUGGAGUUAAAAAACUGCAAAGGGUUUCAGUACAUUUUUAAUGAAGACGAAUUCGUUUAUAAUUGUUACCCUAAGUGGCAAUUACGCAACGGACACAGCUCGCCAGAUCAUGACGGAGCCAUGUAUGUGAAACUCCCCAAGCCAGGUGGACUCUUCUCCAACUCUUACAAUAACUCUAUUAAUGAAUUCAAGUUGGAUUGCUCCGUCCCAAUUACAAAGCUACUUGAUAGACAUUAUCAACAAGACCAGACAAGCGUGGCAUCUAAGAAUUUUCUUUGGGUUGCUUGUGCAAUUGGAUGGAUUGAGGCGUUCAUCAUCAUUCUGGUGUGUUAUUUCUUGCAUCGAAGGCAGCGGGUUUCUGUCACCACACAUGGCUACCUCUACACUGUAACAGGAUUCAAAAGAUUCACUUAUGCUGAGUUGAAAAAAGCCACACAGGGCUUCACUGAAGUGAUAGGAAGAGGAGGAGCUGGUGUUGUUUAUAAAGGUGUUUUAUUUGAUCAGCGAGUAGCAGCAAUCAAGCGUCUGAGUGAAGCCAACCAAGGAGAGGCUGAGUUUCUGGCGGAAGUAAACACCAUCGGAAUGAUUAACCACAAAAAUUUGAUUGAGAUGUGGGGGUAUUGUGCAGAAGGAAAACAAAGACUUUUGGUGUACGAGUACAUGGAGCAAGGGUCCUUGGCAGAUAAGCUACAAUCUAAUAAUGCACUUGACUGGGACAAGAGGUUCAAAAUCGCGAUUGGCACUGCUAAAGGUUUGGCUUAUUUGCAUGAAGAAUGUUUGGAAUGGGUUCUGCAUUGGGUUCUGCAUUGUGAUAUCAAGCCUCAAAACAUACUCUUGGAUUCAGAUUACCAACCAAAGGUUUCAGAUUUUGGUCUGUCCAAGCUUCUAAGUAGAGGUGAUGAUCAUCAGCAUAAUAUUUCAAGCUUCUCAAGGAUUAGAGGAACCAGAGGCUAUAUGGCUCCCGAGUGGGUCUUCAAUUUACCGAUCACCUCCAAAGUUGAUGUUUAUAGCUAUGGUGUCGUGUUGUUGGAGAUGGCUACUGGAAGAAAUCCAACUUUGGGUGUCCAUACUCUUAGCAACAGAGGAGAAGCAGAGCAUGGAACAUGGGUCAGAGAAAGAAUGAAGGGUAAUUUAGUAAUUAGUGAAAUCGUGGAGUCCUUGACUGAUGACACUUGUGACAGGAGCCGAAUAGAAAUACUAAUAGAGGUGGCUCUUCAAUGCGUGGAGGGCAGAGAUGCAAGACCUACCAUGACUCAAGUAGUUGAGAAACUUGUGCGAGGAAUAGAUCAAUAGCUAUUAGAUACAGCCACGUGUUUAUCUUUGUUGUAGAUUUUUUUUUUUUUCUUUUUUGGCUGCGUAUUUAUGUUUAUGGUAGACUUUAAAUUUUAAUUUCUGAAAAGUUUGGUCUCUUUGAAUAAAUAAAUAGGCAUUGCAUUCUAUUUAUAAAUAAAUAAAUUUUAA